CAUCGCCAUUUGCCACGUGGAAACCUCUAAAACCAUAUCUAAAUAAAAAACCAACAGCCGGGUAGCAACAAUAGCAAUCCAAUUUCUCUCUCACGCACCUGUAAUUCUGUAAAUAAUAUCUAAUCUAAUCGCUACUCAAUCCCUCACACUCUAUCCACAACUAUUAUCUGCCAUUUUAAAACCACCAGAAUUUUAGUGAGAAGGAGAGCUACACACAGAGAGAAGCAAAACAGAACAUAUGGCGAAGGAGAGUGAAGGAAUGUUCCUCUCUGUAUACUCUGUUCUUAUUCCUUCUUCCUUUGAAUUUCUACUUCUCAGUGUUCUCACCCCCUGAAAGGCUGAAACUCGAUCCAAGGCAGAAAGACAAUAAUGGCGCUUCCUCAACUAGUACCUUCCUCACCUUCUGGUCUCUCUUGCAAACCUUCUCUAAACCCUAGUUCCUCCUUAAGCCCCAACCAUGGACGCAUUUCCAGAUCAUCUUCACCACAACCCCAAGAACCACCGCGAACCAAAACCCUAGCUUCUCUUCGCCGCCGGAAACCUAAUCUCCUCCGCUGCUCUGCUUCCUCGUUCUCUGAGAAACACCACACCGGCUCACCCAAAUCCGACGACCUUGUCGAACUCCCCCUCUUCCCUCUCCCACUCGUCCUCUUUCCCGGCGCCAUCCUUCCCUUGCAAAUCUUCGAAUUCCGGUACCGCAUGAUGAUGCACACUCUUCUCCAGACCGAUCUCCGCUUCGGCGUCAUCUACUCCGACUCCGCCACCGGAACCGCCGAGGUCGGUUGCGUCGGCGAGGUCGUCAAGCACGAGCGCCUGGUCGACGAUAGAUUCUUCCUCAUCUGCAAAGGCCAGGAGCGAUUCCGCGUCACCAAUCUCGUCCGAACCAAGCCUUAUUUGGUUGCCCAGGUUACGUGGUUGGAAGAUCGGCCUUCCGGUGAUGGGCAGGACGAUUUAGAGGCGUUGGCCAAUGAGGUGGAGACCCAUAUGAAGGACGUAAUCCGAUUGUCGAACCGAUUGAAUGGGAAGCCCGAGAAAGAAGCCCAGGAUUUGAGGAGGAAUUUGUUUCCUACUCCUUUCUCGUUCUUUGUAGGAAGUACAUUCGAAGGGGCGCCCAGAGAACAGCAGGCGUUGUUGGAAUUGGAGGACACGGCAACCAGAUUGAAAAGGGAGAAGGAAACCUUGAGAAAUACGCUCAAUUACUUGACUGCUGCAUCGGCGGUGAAGGACGUGUUUCCGUCGUCGUGAAUUAUGGUGGGCAGGGAUGGGAAUGGGAAGGGUAGGCCAGGAGAUGAAAGAGAAGAGACGGCACACGGAGGAAGAGAGGAGAUAUGGUACGAUGCAUAGAUUUUAUCAGAACUGGUUCUAUUAUAAGACUGUAAAUUUUGAUGCGUAGCUCUGAUUUGCCUUCAGCGCAUCGUCUCUCUGUUUAAUUCAUCUGGGCUUUCUCUCUUUCAAUGAUAAUAACUGUUUGUAUUUAUAUACUUGCUGAUACACGGAUUGUAUUGUUUCCAUGCUCUAAGCUCGGGAGUCUGGUUUGGGUAUAAACCUGUGCCAUUGUCCCAUUGGAUUGGAUGUUUCUUUUGAAUUUUAAGUUGAAUAUAUAACAGAAGGGUAGCUGUUCAGUUUUCA